UCGAUGCGUAACGCUUUCUCGUAGGAAUAUACUUUGUGACGCGGCGAGCGGCCGCCUUUAAUUCUGAGGAAUUUGGGAUGUUAUUCUCUCGGAGACGGAAGCUACCAAGGGGGCGAAAAUUAGUGUGCUGCACUCUUUUAGUUAUAGUGAUCUUCAUUUUUUAUCAGAUUGUCACUUCUUUCAACGACGAAGAUGUGGAGUUUGACAGGCAGUGGACCUGUGAAGAACUUAAAGCGAAAGAUCGCUUGGUAAAGCUGUGCAAAGAUUUUACCAAUGGUAACACUGGGGGAAAUCUCUGUCGUGACUUGUGCACAAGUGGUGAACUAGUCAUCCAAGACUGUCUAGCACAUAAAAACACCACCAUUGUAUUUUCUGGCACAUGGAGAAAAAAUGAUAUUGUGUUCAAGACAAAGAGACGUCCUCAUCAUGUUGAAAACCUUGAGGAUGUACUGUCUAUUGGAGUAAGUGAUGAUGAACCUACUGCUGGAGAUGAACAAGUGUACAAAAAAUUUGUAUUUCAUGUGUUUGAUCAUGUACAGAAUGAAUUAUCCUUUUUUAGACUGAAAGACAUGAUUGGGUCAGAACAACAGGUGCUUGAACUUCUUUGGCAUCCACAUCCAUUAGGAGAGCUUACCUGGGCAGAUAUGUCAAGUUUGUGGCGGUUAAUUCAAAGAGAUGAAUUCAUCAAGUUACAACUAUUAAAAGAGAUGAAGCACAUUCCAAGAGUGUAUGGAUUCUGUGGCAGCUUUUAUGCUGUAGAGAAGGUGGAAACUAUAGAAGGAUUUUCAUUCACCCCAUUUAAAAGGCCAAUGCCCUGGAAAAAACGAUUAAAUGCUGCUCUGGACUUGCUAGAUCUUUCUAAAGAAUUUACAGAGACACCUUUGGGACAACUACAUCACUGCGACAUACAACCUGGUAAUUUUGGUGUUGCCAAAGACAAGAGAGUUGUAGCCCUCGAUAUUGACUCUAUGUUUGGAACAAAACAAAUGGAGGAUUUCCUGGAACAACCAACUUGUGAAAGUGAUGCGCAAUGUGACUUUUUUGACUGCGUGUCUGCUUGUAAUACAACAGAAAAUAAAUGCUCAAGAAAAAUUCUCACCAAUAACCUACAGAUCAUCUGUCGGGACAUUUUGCUGUCUUAUUGGGGGCAGCCUGGAUUACUGCAGAGAGCUCCCAUCCAUGCUCAGAACAAACUCUCACCUGUGUUGUCAGACUGUGCGUCAGACAAAAUGUUACCAUGGAAGCCAGGAAAAAUAGAAAAAAUAUAUAGGAAGCUCAAGACAAUUCUCUCAGAGGAACUUGUGUCCAACUAGGAUUGGACUGGGACUUCUGUUUUUGUAUUUGAAUAAACACAUAAAUUUUCUAUUUAGCGAGGCCAAGAGUUCGGACUUAGGUUGAAGAAUUACAAUUAGGUUUAUUUAGUCCGUAUAUAUGUUGGAGUAUUUAUAAAAGAACAAUAUAGAAUGAGCAUCUAGGUGCUGUUAAAAAUAUAUAUAU